ACCCAAAGUUCUGCGCUGUUCCUGCAGCUCAGUGGGAGGAGCUUAAGGGGAAAGCAUGGCAGCUGGCAUCCUGACUAGAGUAACACAGGCUCUCCGGGGUCCUCGGUUGGUCGGCUCUGCGUUCUCGUGUCAUGGACAGACAUUCAGCACCGCCGCGACUGAAGUCAAACCGCCGCCAGCACCAAGGGAUGACUCCGCUGCGACCGAAAAGAUCCUAAACUUCCCCCUCACUCAGCCAGACUAUUUCCGCUUGUCCGAGCUCUUCACCUUAAAGGACCUGUUUGAGGCCCGUGUACAUCUUGGACACAAGAAGGGCUGCAGACAUAGGUUGAUGGAACCGUAUCUGUUUGGUUCUCGUCUUGAUAUGGACAUAAUUGAUCUCGAUCAAACAGCUGAGCACCUCCAGAGGGCGCUAAACUUCACGGCGCAUGUGGCGUACCGUGGCGGCAUCAUCUUGUUCGUCAGCCGAAGGCGACAGUUUAGUCAUUUGGUGGAGACGAUGGCACAAGAGUGCGGAGAGUAUGCUCAUACACGCUACUGGCAGGGCGGACUGCUCACCAACGCCCCUGUCCAGUACAGUCCCGGCAUCCGACUGCCAGAUCUCAUCGUAUUCCUCUCCACGCUCAAUAAUGUUUUUCAGCCACACGUCGGAAUCAGGGAUGCGGCCAAGAUGAAUAUUCCCACAGUCGGGAUUGUGGACUCGAAUUGUAAUCCCAGCCUCCUCACGUACCCGGUGCCAGGCAAUGAUGACACUGCUGUUGCCAUGGAGAUGUAUUGUCGGCUGUUUAAAAUGACGAUCAACAGGGCAAAGGACAAGAGGAGGCAGAUGGAGUUGCUAAAGGGGAUUUCAUUCUCCAUCUGAAGGAGGGAUGCAGCGAAUGUUGUUGAAAGUCCAACACCUCUUGAGAAUCUGAAAUGCAAAUGUAAUCAAUAAACAAGUGACUCUCAGUUACUAGGUAGUGCUCUUGUUUCAGAUAUUGUGUUAUAUUUGUUUGUUUAACAUUUUGACCACCCUCAUAAAAAGAAUACAUUGACCAACCCAGAACUAAAGGCAUCCACCAAUUUAUUUUAUCAAAUGCAGUAGCGGAUCUAGCUUGUAUGGCGCCCUGGGUGAAACCCGCUUCAGCACGCCAAAAACAACUUAUGUAUAAGAUGAGCUCUGAAUAAUCACAAAAUGACAAAUAACAGCAAGUUACAACAAAUACAAUAACAGCAGCAAAAAUUAGAUCAGAAAACAGUAAUACUAUGAGCAGUACAUAGUCAUUUGCAUAAUUUAUUCAUACUGUAAUGCAUUACUGGGAGCUGAAGUGCAGUUUGCUGAAUAAUGCUCACGCCUGAUAAAAAUGCAGAAAAUAAGUCAUGAAAAAUAUUACUUUGUGGCUAUUUGAGUCUUCAAGGCUUACUUUGUUUAAAGGAUAGCAGAACAGCGUUUGUAAAAGCAUUGGGCUUUU